AUGUGGAAUGCUUAUUUCAAUCUUGUAGUGCUCCACGUGUCGAUACUUUUGAGAAUUCUAGCAUUCCUUGCAAGUAGGUAUCAGAUGAAAAACUUGAAAGUAUGGCACAUGCAGAAAAUAAGACAAGGAUUCCAGGAUAAUUCCUUGUUUCGCCCAACCGGGCUUCGUCAGCCGUGCAUACUCUGGAUAAUAUAAACAAACAUAAUGUAAUGUAAUUUUAUAUGAAACUAAGUAACAAAACAUAAACAAUAAAUUUACAUACUAUAUUCUUGUGUACCAGAAACAUGGAACAUAAUGGAUUCAGUCAUCCCAAUAACUGAUCAGAAGUUUCUUUAUAUGAUUUUACUUGCCAAUCCAUAACCGUAGGGAUCUCUGCUGAUUUCCAUUUUUGAGCUAUCAAUACCCUGGCCGCCACCGUCGCAUAUUGAAACAAUCUCUGAUCUUCCUUUUUAAUUUCGUCACCUAUUAUUCCUAACAAAAAUGCCUCCGGUUUUUUUGGAAAAGUAUAUCUGAAAAUUUUCUUUAAUUUGUUAUAAAAUUAUUUGAAUAUGCAGAAUUAGCAAGAAUGACGCAUAAAAUUAGACACCAAGAAGGUACAAAGUUUAUUGCAGAAUGGAGUAAAUUUGUGACAUAUAUUGAAAGUAAUUGUAGAAAUUUAAAAACUACAGUAGGCUUAACAUAAACCUUGUGACGUGUACAUAAUUGGAACAGAAACUGUAAGAGUAGAAGUAUACCAAGAAAACUGCAACGGGAUAGGAAGGAAGUCGAGGCGUGAUCCAACGCAAUGUAAAUAAGAUGAUGGUACCAAAGAAUGAUUGUUAAGAGUGUUUGUUUUACCUUUUGAUUGUUUGUUCUGGUUUGUUUUCUGUUUUCUGUUUAACUGAAAAUCUUAAUAAUAAUAAUAAAAGUUUCUUUAUAUGAAGAGAUGCAAUAUUGACUCCAACUGUUCAUAAAAAACGAGCAUGUGCACAUAUCAUAGAAUCAUAGAAUUGUCCCUUGGAAGAUGCUCACGAGGGUUAUCUAGCCGAACCCCCUGCAAUGCAGGAAUCUUUUGCCAAACGUGGGGCUUGAACCCACAACCCUGAAAUUAAGAGUCUCAUGCUCUACCCCCUAAGCUGUAAACAUAUAUCUUAUUUUGUCCUCUUCUUUGGUGAUCUUUAAGUGGCCGUCCUAUCCUCCACUUGAGCCCUUAAGUAGCGUUGAAUCAAGAAAAAGAAGGGACCUUUUAUCAGAGAAGCAUUUUAAAGAGAAAUUUUAAAAAAUUGGGAAAUGAUAUAUAAUGAAUUGAAGAAAAUGUUUAAAAUGACAUUUGUAAAAAAAAACCCAGAAGCAUUUCUGUUAGGGAUUGUAGGACAAGACCUGCCAAGGAAAACAAAGAAUUUAUUCAUGUAUGCUACAACAGCGGCAAGAGUCUUGAUAGCACAAGGAUGGAAGAAUGAGGAAACCCCAAUAAAGGAACAAUGGCAAGAGAAACUGAUGAGCUAUGCAGAAUUGGCUAAACUGACAUACAAACUGCGAGAUAAGGACAACUGUGACUUUAAAGAAGAAUGGGAACUUUUUACAAAUUACUUAAAAAGACAACAAAAUGAACUGCACUCCUCGACAGGCUUUGAAUAAACAUACACAAAUUUAUUGAUCGAUAAUAUGGUAGAUAGAUAAGGAUCUAUACAAUUCUAUAAUAUGCAGAGAAUAACGUUUGAGAAAUCAGAGAGAAGAGCUGAGGGAAGUCUUGGGGGGAGGGAGGGUAUAUUGGGGAGGGGGGAAAGGGGGAAAUAAUGAAUAUGAUAUGUUUUUGACAUUUUGUUAUGUUGAAAUUGGAAAUAAAAACUUUAAUAAUAAAAAAGUAGCAUUGAAUCAUUCGCCAUUUUUGCUGUGCUUUCUCUCCCCCCACUCUUCAUUUUUUCCCUCCUCUAAAUUUCUAGGAAAUCUCUUUCCUUUUUCCAUGGUUUGAGCAAUUAUUACAUGAGGCAAUCCCCUCAAGUUCUUCAUCGCACCAUACUUUUAAAGCACCACAAUACCACUCCUAUUCCCCUCAGAUAACCACUAUUCCAAGAGUUCCUGGUGAACAGGGAUUGACUGUAAAACCACUCUGGAAGCUUGGGGCACACACCUAUGACCUAAAGUUGCCUCUGAGUAUAUUAAGAUGACAGGUGCCUGAAGUCUCAUGGGCUCUGUGGCUGCAUGCACACGAUAUACUGAAAGCACAUAGCUUUUCCCAAAAUAAUUUGGGGAACUGUAUUUGAACUAGGAGUUGUAACUGUGAGAGGUAAACCACCAUUCCCAGGAUACUUUGCAUGGGAAUCAGGUGCUUUAAAUAUACGUUGUGUACACAGUGUGCCCAGCCACCCUUUAAGCAAAGUAAAAGAAAGAAAGAAAGAAAGAAAGAAAGAGAAUUUUAAAGGGAGGGAUUAGACAAGAAAUCCAGAACCCUGUUCCAAAGACUCUGGGCCACAUCCUAACAAUUCCCAGGGCUGCAGCCUUAUGAAUUAUAUCAAUUUUUGUAAACAAUUUUGUUCUUGAAUAACAGCUCAGAGUGCGUGGACCAAAUGCCUCUAGUUCAACUCUCCAUCCUAUUUAGGAACUCCUUAGGGAAGACCCUCUCAGCCUCAGCAACCACGAAGCUCAUCUGCAACUUGAGGAUAAUACUUACCCGACCUUGCAGGGCUGCUGAUGCAACAAUGACUUUAACAAUGCACGAAAAGCAUUUUGAACGCCCUAAAAACAACAUCUGCGCACCUUUAUCGAUGCUAAUAAUGUUGCCUACCGGUAAGGUUGCGUCCCUCUCUUUUUCCUCACUCUAUCCCUCUCCAAGCCCCCGAUUUUGACAAAGCUAUAAUUGUAACGGUUCUGGCAGGUAGGCAAGAAUGUGUUUACUGCACAAGAACUCCGGGAGCAGAAAGGCAGUUCACGAACGCCAACUACCAGCUCCAUUCUGCCCCCUGCUGGAUCCUGGCCAUUCGUUUCCAGGGAGAGAAAGGCAGGCGAAAGCUAAGCUCUAGGAGGAUCCCUCGCGACCAUUUGCACGGGAGACACCAAGAGAGAAGCAGAGGCGGUAAACAUUAUCCAGACACGGAUCCUUGCUUCCACAGACGCGCCUUCCAAAAGGGCGAGACCAACCUUUGCAAACCCCUCAUUUUGCAGGCGAGCCCGACUUCAUCGCAGGUGAGCUUGUCCUCCUGUUUGCAUGCCCUGCUCCAACAUGAGCGUGCUUUUUGGGGGGUUGGGGGAGGAAAGAGUGGUAGGUGGGGGGUAAAUCUGCAGCUUAGUGGAAACCCCAAAGCAGGAGGGAAGUGUGUGCAUCAGAUACAGUUGAGGAAACGUCCCCCGCCCUAAAAAGAAGAAAACCCACAGGAGAAUUUGACAGCUCGUGAGAGAAUCAAUUCCCGUCUUUGAUCAACGCUGCCUUUUUUUUUAAAAAAAAUAGACUGCUCCACAUUUGCUUCCGAAGCAGCCAAGGGGGUUGCGGUAACUUAAAGACGAGUAACAAAUGUAUUCUGGCAGAAGCUUUAGUGGGCUAGAGUCCAUUCAUCGGAUUCGUGAAGUGUUCUCCGUAGUACAUGGGGGAAGAGCAUAACAGUGAGGUCACAGAGAAAUACAAGACUGGCAGUCCAAACAGGGAUAAGUACGUAGUUAACCGUGGCCAUUCACAAAACAGUUGUUGAUGGUAAUGCAUUAUCUCGACAUGGACAAACUAAUGAAUCACAGGCCGUUGUUUUAAUGAAGAAAAAAAAUUAAACAGCAUUAAACCUCUUAAUGACUUGUUGCCUCCCUCUGCAAUUCCUUUGUUCAAGGAUGGACACUUUAAAAUCAGUUACAAAGUGGUUGAAACGGCCACCCCCAGUUUUUAGAUAUUGCCGUUACUGAUGUCAGAAUUGUGUGUUCUUUUGCUUGGAGACUGACUUGUUUGUCUUAUGUAGAAUGCAGAAGGGUAUUUGCUUCUGUGCUGAUUCUCUGCUUGCUUUUGUCCAGUUUCGUAACAGUCCCCUUGUCAAAUCACCCUCCUUUUGUGCCAUGUCUUAGUCACCUCAUAUAAUUUGAAGCAAUGGCAGGGUCUUGGACAGGUGGGUUGUUGUCAUAACCCAUUUCUGGGUUGCACCCCAGUCUGAGGAGGUCUGCACCAGAGAGAUCAAUGCCUUUUUAAAAUGUUGUUUAAAACACAGAGGAAGAAAGAGAGAGUAGAAGAGCGACUCAAGAGUGUCAGCAUUUUGUACCAGAAUUUUAGCUUUGCGCAUUUAGGCUGUGUACGCAUUACCAGCUUAAAACACAAGUACAUCCUUCUUUAGGUUCUCCCCCCCCCCCCCGCCGCCCAAUUCUGAUCUAUGCAGGUUUGAGGGGGAAAUGCAUCAAAAUGUAAAUAUUUCAUUUUAAAAAGUGCAAGAUAGGUGUGGACUUUGGUUAAUGUUGUGUGCCUGUCACUUCCCAAAUCAGCAGAGGUGGUAUAUACUGGGUGCAGUGGGCACACAGUCUUAAAGUUCUCUGCAGACCUGCACGUUUUGAUUUCAUCACCAUAAGUGAAAGGGUAACAGACUUUUUAAAACAAGUGAAAGUUGAAUAUUCAGGCUGUACUCAGUCGGAAUAUCCAACAAGAAGCCGGGUGUGCGCUUCUGGCCCCCAUCCCCACCCCCACCCUGGCCACUCUUGCUUGGUUGCCCUGACGGAUGACCUCAGGGAGAGAGUCAGGGAGUGUGACCCUGUUGUUCCCACCACAUUUCUCAGCUGCCUUUUGAUACCAUAGCUGCAAUAUUGGUGUUGCAUACAUAUCACUGAAGACAGCUGAUGCACAAAUGUUUCAUGCAUGCGCAUUACUGUGGAAAUUGCCUUUACGAAGAAACCUUUGGGGCAGCAACAAUGGCAGGAAGAAAUAUAUAAAUUGGUCCCCUUAAGAUGUCACAGGGGUCUGCUUGCUAAAUCAGCAUUAUUUCUUUAAUGCAACUCAUGCAAUUGCUCAUGUGUGCAAAUUGCUCCUCUGUCGGCUAGAGCUAGGCCCUUGGUGUGAUGAUGAUGCUCUUUUGCUCUUUCCUAACUUCUUGUUCUUUUACAAUAUGUUACCAUCCCCUCUGGAACCAAGGGUGUUCCUGCUAGGACUGCAACAUUAGAACAAAUUGAGCAAUCCCAUGUAGAAUAUGGCGCAAUAGGGAGGAAUUAGUUAUCAUGAUAGUUUUUAACCACAGUGAUGAGCCCAUCGUGGUUUUUGGUGAAACCAGAGAAUGUUCUUGGGGUUAGCAGGGUGAGAGAGCACCAGUCAUCCCUUGCGGCCCAUAUUUGGCCAGAGAAGGGGCUUCCAAGUACACUGGCAGGAGGUCUUCCUUUGAAGGAUGUCCUUUCAUGGACAACAGUGUCCGAAGCUGGCAAGUGAGAGUAAAACUGGAGUCUAUUCAGCCUCUGUUAAAAUGCUGAGCAGACCCCAAAGAAGGAACUGCUCUUGCUGCUACAGGUGAGAAUGGAGGCCUCUUAGGUUUUUAGCGUAUUUUGGAGAGGAGACGACAUAAGAAACUCGUUACAAUUCUUGUAUAUUAAAUGAUGCUCUCCAGAGUGCCCGCAGUGGAGCCAUAUAGCUCAGGGCUGCCAACCAGCAGCCUUAAUCGGUUUGAGAGUUUGCAGGUGUAACUGAACAGAACCAGGAAGAUAACACCUCCUUUUAGGUAAAGAGACGCCAUCUACUCGUGAGUGCUACCAGUGCGUCCUGCGACAAAAUGUUGCAGUGCAGAGUGCUCCUAGUCAAGGUGCCAGCCGCACCCUUUUUCAGGAUGCUGCAUUCUGUCUCACCUGCCGACAGCCAGGUAUCAUUCUGUGUCCACUGUGUCUGCUUAGUCCUCCUUUGGCUGGUCAUUUUGGGGGCAUGGGAGAGCAAGGGGUCCUUAUUAGAGUUUUUUGUGCUUCUGCAAACCUCGAGGUUCCCUUAAGCCUCCUGCUUUUGUGCGAAUGGUACCAUCUAGGCCACAUAAGUAUAGGAACUUGGAGGAUGAGUUGCCUAAUAUGUAUGGAACAUAGCUCCCACUGCAGACUGGUGGUGCCAGCAGAGAAGGGGCAUGGCGCCGUUCUGUAGAGAGCAUACAUGUGCAUGUCAUGACCAGCCUCUGGUUCCACCUUGUUCUGCUCAUCCCCUGCUUACUAAGUCCAUUAUCCUUUCUUUUGUCCAGAAAUGUCCACCACUGUGACAGAAUGCGGAAACGUGAGGAUCAUCUCAAAAGUCGUUCAGCCAGGCCAGCAGGAAGCAGGCACAGCAAAUACGUCAGGAACUACUGUCACUGUAUCACACGGUGCAUCAGCCUAUAGCAAAAACACCAAGAAUAUGCUUCCCAAGGCCCUUGGGGUAAGGCCCUAUAGGCUUAUCAAACUAGGCCCAAAUCCUGGAGGGACCCAAUGUUCUGUCUCUAUAAGGUAGCUUUCUAUGUUCCUGAUAGUGAUGAGGGAGGUGAUUAGAAACAGAACAAUUGUAGGCAACACUAACAUGUGGAAAAGGAGAGUGGUGGUGAAGCUGGCAAGGAUUAUAGUACUUGUCCACGAUUGCUCAUCCACAAUACCAUUGUUCUUCCCCUCCAGACUGUGCAGAUCGUUGUGGGGGCUAUAGAGAUAUGUUUUGGAGUUGCCCUGACAGUAGCACAAGAAGAUUCAAAGACCCUGACUGUGAAGAGUGGUCUCUACUUCUGGUUCGGGAUCUUGGUAAGCAGACUUUGGCUGAGAGGCUUGGAGGCUCUUUCACCUACCAAAGCUUCUGGGGAGGCCUCUCUAAUUUUAGACACAGAGGCCUAGAGCCACAAAGAGGCUGAAUCCUAAACCAAGGUAAUCAUUUCCCUUUGGGGUAUCCAUGUUGGUGUGUUGUAGCAAAAACAACAAUGAAUCGUGCAGCACCUUAAAAGGCUAACAGAAAUAUUAUGGCAGAAGCUUUUGUGGGUUACAAUCCACAAAAGCUUCUGCCAUAAAAAAUUGUUGGUGCUUGAGGUGCACCAAGACAUGAGGUACUCAUCACCCCUGCCUGUGGCCUUAUCAUCUUCCAAAGCAACUACUCUAAGUAUUCCCAACUUAAGAAUGGAAAGUGAAAUACUGGUGGACAACAAAAGAGGUUUAAAGACGCUCUUAAGGCAAAUCUUUAAAAAUGUAGUAUAAGCACUGAUAACUGGGAAACACAGGCCUGCAAGCACUCCAGUUGGAGAACAGCCUUUCCAAAGGUGUCGUGGACUUUGAAGAAACAUGAAAAGGGCUAAGAGGAAGGCAUGUUUGGCAAACCCUCACUGUGAUCAAAUCCCACCCAGAAACCUAUGUCCCCACGGUGGAAGGACAUGUGGAUCCAGAACUGGUCUCCACACGGACUCACUGUUAAGACCGUUUUCAUGGAAAACAAUCUUACUCAGCCACGAGUGAUCGCCAAAGAAGAAAACUCAACACUCCUGCCUGUGGUCUGCCCAAGUGUUUGUUCUGCUGCAAAUCUAUUUGGGGAGAUGCCAUUCUGUCUAAUAGGUACUUGCAUCUUCUUCACAAAUGACAAUGUUUGUUUAGUACUCAAGCUUAGGACUCUUUACAGAGGUAGCUUUUGAGUUGGUUCACAUGUUACUAACCUCAGUUGGUAAUGUAAAAAAGCCUCUGGUUGGCGUGAGCUUAGGAGGUGGUGGGGUUAGAGAAGGUUUUGGCCUUUCUGACCAAUGCAACCUGACUUGAGAGUCUCUGUGCUCUAUUUUCUUUAUGGAAUGAGACUCAGCCUGGUGAUUGUUCUUGGUUUUUCCUUCCCUGUGUAGCUCCUGAUCUCUGGGUCAUUGUUGGUAGAAAUGGAGAAAAGAGAUCUUCAAUGGCUGGUAAAUAUUCUCCCGGGUAUCUUUUUCGAAAAAUUGACAUGAUAAGGGUAUGUCUAAAGCUGUUGCCAAUACGUCUUCAGGGUUGUUUGCUGGGCAAACAGAUCCUUGGUUUGUUCUGGCCAAGGCCUUAAGAAGACAAAGCUCAAAUAAAGAUAAUUGUUGUAAUGGAGGCAAGGUGAAGUUGCUGAGAGGUGGUCAGGUUAUUUUCGUAGGAUAUGUGAGUCAGUUUAAUAAUUCUCUAAUACAAUCAUAAUGUCUACGUUGUUGUGAGAAAGUCCAAAUUUGGGACAUUCACUGCAAUGUAUCACAGGCAAUCUGCCUAGCACAGGGUGAGGAAAGUGUAGUCCUCCAAAUGUUCUUGGACUACAAGUCCCAACAUCCCUGACCAUUGGCCAUUUGGGCUGGGGCUGAUGGGAAUAACAACAUCUGGAGGGCCACAGCUUCUCCAUCUGUGGCCUUAAAAAAAACUUGUGAAUCUUGGCAAUCAGGGAAGCAAACUUCUAGAGCACAGGGAUCGCUCAGGAAUGCAUAUGUAGGGCUCCAAAGAAAUCAAGGCUGUAAAUUCUGAGACCAAGAGACAUGGAAGUGAUGUAAUAGAGCAACUCUUGAUUUAUUUUAUUUCAAUGUACUGAUAUAGGUGAAAGCUAGUUCCGCUGCCAACUUGCUAGUUUGUGUUGCUGCAUUGGUUGCUGUAAUCCUCCAUAGUACUGAGAUUGCACAAACCCAUCAACAAGGAGAUUUGUGUGACAAUUCUGAGAUGCGUUAUGGUUAUUGCUUCAGUUCUCUUCAGGUAAGUUUUUCCCCAUCUCUUCAUGUGCAUGUAGUAGCAGUCCAUAAUUUGCUAAAAGUCAUCUGAUUCAGCAAAGGCUUCAGGCAUCUAGAGACUCUUCAGAACUGUUUUGUGCCUAAAUGAAAUAAUUCUGCCUUACCAUUGACUUAUAGGAAACUGAAAAUGGCUAAUUCACAAGUGAGAGGCUCUACUAACCCUCACAAGACUUUGUCAGUGACCAACAAGGCGCAUAAAGACAUCCUGUCUCUGUCAUUCAAGAGUGGGGAUAAUGUGAUAUCCCCUUUCCCUCUGAUGUCUAGAAAUGUAUGUGAGGUACUUUUGUGAAAGAGAAAAAUAAGAAGGGGGGGGGGGGAGAGAGAGAGAGAGAAAGAAAGAGAGAGAGAUCCUAGAUUGGGAAUCUGUGGUGCAUUUAAGACAAAAUAAAGGAAGGGCUUGAAUCGUGCUAAAAACUCCCAGUGGAUCAAAAUUUAUUUUGUAUAAAAUUUAUUUUUUGGUGGGAUAUUUUAGCACAAUAUGGAGACAUAUUGCACCUGUCUGUGGAUUAGAUGCAAAGAACAGCUGGCUCAAUCACCUUUUCAACUUCAAACAAACAAAAUUAAAGAAGUGUCCAAAUGAGGCAAUGAAAUAAUAAUAAUAAUAAUAAUAAUAAUAAUAAUUUAUUUAUAUCCCAGCCACUCUGGGCAGCUCCCAACAGAUUAAAAACAGAAUGAAACAUCAAACAUUAAAAACUUUCCUAAACAGGGCUGCCUUCAGAUGUCUUCUAAAAGUCAGAUAGUUGUUUAUUUCCUUGACAUCUGAUGGGAGGGUGUUACCCAGGGCGGACGUCACUUCUGAGAAGGCCCUCUGCCUGGUUCCCUGUAACUUCACCUCUCACAGUGAGGGAACCGCCAGAAGGCCCUCGGCGCUGGACUUCAGUGUCCAGGCUGAACAAUGAGGGUGGAGAUGCUCCUUCAGGUAUACUGGGCCGAGGUUAGUGGCAAGCUUGGAAAGAAUAGUGGUGGUGUUUUAUUGAGCUACUUAGUAUGGGGUUGGCCUUGAAGAAAUGUCACUUGGUGAAAAAUGAUGCAGCCACACUUCUAAUUGGGACUUGCUGUAUCAAGUGUAUCAUUCCAGCUGCAUUGUUACCAAGUCAAGGUGGUGCUAAGCUGGGUCCAGGAUGCCUGAAGGAUCACUUCAUCCCACAGCUGCCUGCCCAUGUACGCUCAGGUCUGCCCCUGAGGUCCAUGUCCUGCCUGCCUUUCAGAGCCUUUUCAGUUAUAGCACUGCUGCUUUGGGGUGACCUUUCAAAAGGGGGCUGCCUUGGCCUGAACUGUGCCUGUCUUUCAGCUGGAGAUCAAAAUCUGAUGUUUUGAAUGAGCUGUCAGGCUAGAAUGGUGUUAACUGGAUAUGCUUUGGUUUUGAUGUAGUUGUGCCAUUUUCUUGAUACAAAUAUAUAGAUUAAAAGUUAUUUUGCAUUGUCUUAACAUACUACAUCUCUUUGGGUCCUGGUGGAUCAAAAGCAUGGAGUAUCAGUACUGAAAAUAAAUAAAAGUGAGCUUGUUACCGUUCCAGUAGGCACAGAAAUAGGAAACAUUCUCAAAGGGAAAAUGCACUAGCCUACAUAAAAUGUAGUUGAGGGAAAUAAUUGAUUGAUGCCUGGCGGUUAUAGUUCCUUAAUUAUAUAAUGUGUGUACAGGUCUCUUGCUAUAAAAAAAAGACAUAAUGUACAUGGUUCUUUGGAUUUGAAGGUUUAUUCCUCCCAUGUUUUCCUGCCAAGGGUCCAGUUAUUAAAUCCUGCUUAUGUGAUUGGACCCCAAGUAUCUGUUUUUUCUGGAGUAAGGGUAGAAGAUGGGCGGGGGGAGCGCCUUUGCAAUCUUCCUAAUUCUCAGGAAUGAAGUUAAGGUUAUUUAGGGAUAUUCCUAAAUUAUCCCUUCCAACAAGGUCUAGAACAAACAUUUAAUGGAAAGUAAUGGAAAACAGUGUGCACACGACACUAGACGCAAUCCAUUAUCUAUCCUGUCCUUUCUUAUGAUGCACUUUGUAUGCACUUUUCAGCUCAAACCAGCUUCAGUUGAUUAAAAGGACAACCUGGCUGUGUUUUAAACUAGUCAUGUGUACACAGCCUAAGUCAACCUUUCAACCGUUAGGCUUCAGCAUGGAGUCCCUCUUUCGAUUUGUUCACCUCACUGUCCCUGGAGGAUUUUGUGUAUCUUCUUCAGAUCUUUCAAAUCGGUGUUACUGAAAGAGACCUCACAGGACUUAGCUGCUUUGGAAGGUUAACUCUUGCACUUCCAAGCAAUUGGGUUUUGAUUGUGCUUUCAGUUCUGGAGCUGUAUAAAUAGCAACCCGUGCAACUGUUUCUUGCCUUUUCCCACAGACGCUGAUAUAUGGUCUGAACGCGGUGUUUAUCAUCUUUUCGGUUCUUGAACUGUGCAUAGCUGUCGCUGCCCUGGUAGUUGGAUCCAGAUCUGCACAACAACAACUCUAUCGGCAGAUGGUGAGGGUGAAUCCCUGCCUUUUUCUGUCACAGGUUUGCUGUGGCUGGGAAAAACCCACCCCUAAAUCAACACUGUUCCUCACUCAGCUAUGUGGAAAGAAAAUCAUAAGCUUGGUAGUAGCCUGCAAAUUUCAAAUGUGUUCUCUCCUCCCUCCCUGACAUGGCUUUGAGUUAUGCCCUUUUCCCAUCAAAUAUUGAACAGAAUCUGAUCUCAGUGUAAUAAUUUCAGUUUUUUGUGAUCCUCACUUUCCCUCUUUGCAGGGAUUUCAGUGGUACCUGACUCUCCCCUGAAAGGGCUGGCUCCUACAUUUCUCUUAGAAUAAUGGAAGGAGGCAAAAGUUGUGUCUGGGUAGAGGAUGGGUAAAGCUUGCAGAGAACAAUUACCAACUUUACUCUUCUUGUUUUUUCCAGGCAUCGUGAUAAGGCUUCUCUUGGCACUUCUUGGCACACCAUUUGCAGCAAUUAUAGGGGUCUCUCUUGCUUAGAGCUACGCAGCUGUGAACUUCUUGCAGAUACUUCACCUUUUCCAAGAUGGACUGCAGGAAUCCUGCUAAUCUCUUGCCUGGCUUUCUUUAGAAAGAGAAAACAAACUAUAAACUUGCCUGUGACUCUCCUCUAUGGGUCCUGCCACAUAAGCUGAAAAGAAGGUUUUCCAAAUCCAAGACUUCUCUUCACUUUUGUGCAUUAUCAAGAAAGGGAAAUCUCUGUACCUUUUAAAAAGUUUCCAUUUUGGGCCUUUCCUGUGUGUUCCUGGAAGACAACAGUCUGAUCUCUAAAUUCUCCUGGGUUUGGUGAGGAGAGAGAGCCCAAACAGAUUGUCUGCGCUUAUUCCAACAUGAAAUUUAGGUUUGUGGUAAUGAAAUGGACACUGUGGUGAUGAUGAGACUCAUAUAAGCACACACUAUAUUGGAAGGGAAAGUGCUGUGAAUUUUUUGAGAAAAUAUCUAGCUCUUUGAGCUGGUUAGAAAACUGCUUGUGGAUCUUCCUGCAGGGAAAACUGAUGUGGGUUUUUAUUGAAUGCACAACACAUAUUCUUCCACAGGAACAGUUCACAGUAAAUCAAGCAUUCUCACACUGGAAAACAUUUCAUCAGCAUCUCAGCCUGUCUGCAACCAGAGAAGAAAGAUAGAUUAAGUCUUCGCCCACAUACCAAACGCUAUAUCCCUUUCAUUCUUCAGGUUGCCCUGGUACCCGAAUGCAGCAAUCUUGUACACACCUGGGAGUACAUCACAUUGAACCCAAUUGACCUCUAAGUAGACAUGCAUACAAUUGCACUGUAAUGCUGCAAUCUUAUGGACCCUUAAUCUCGGAAUAAAUACCAGUGAAGAAUGUGACUUCUUUCUGAGUGUAUAGAAUCAGGGGCACUUAAAGGAAGAAGAACACAAUGUUCUCUUUUACCUCUUCAGAGCACAAUCAGACUUUCCAAUGGGCUUCUGAGCCACAGCAUGCAAAUUGCUCAGUUGCUGGCAUCUCCAGACAGAAACUACUGUCUGAAACCUUGAAAAUCUGCUCUCAGUCACUUUAGACAAUAAUGAGCUAGAAAGGUCAACAUUCUGACUGGUAUGAAAAAGCUUCCAAUCUUCCUACAUGUUGGUUCCCCUUGGUUCCCACAGCGAUGUUUCCUAGACAGCUGAAAAUCUGCCUGAGAAAAUUCACUAGAGGUAAGAUUACGAUAGCUCACCUCUACUGUAACUGGGAGGCAGUUACUUCAUGAAAGUACUCAAUAGAUUAUGAAGGAGAUGCUGUUAAAAAAAAGUUAUGCAAAAACCUCAUCUGGAGGCUUAAAGGUUGACAUUUGAAAGAGAGAAAGAUCUGCUUAAAUUUGUUUACUUUUGUUACAUUAUAAAAAGGGAUGGGAUCAAAGUAGUAAGAUGCAUUGAUGAUGUGUUGCAUUUGUAACAACUGAGAUGUUGACCAAAGUGCAAUAGGUAGAACAGUGUGACACAUUCCGUAUUCAUACCAUGCAAACAAGUUUGUCAAAGCUUGUCCACAUUGUGAUAUCAUACAGUAUUAUUUCCAGAGGCAGAAAAAAAUGUUUAAAUCUUUGUGGGACAGUUUGGGCAAUCAGCAGAAUUAAGUCAAAAAGGCUGUUUCUGGGGGACAAGGUUGAAUAGUUCUUCCUAAGGUGCUAGUUUUGUAGUUGCAAGGAAUUGUUCAGUUUGGGGAGCAUUCGAGAAUGCCAGUGCUAUCACCACUCUACAUCCUAAAAGCAUACCUACCAGGUAGGGAACGCGUAGCGCUGUGGUCUAAACCACUGAGCCCCUUCAGGUUGCUGAUUGGAAGGUUGGCGGUUCAAAUCCCCAUGACAGGAUGAGCUCUUGUUGCUCUGUCCCAGCUCCUGCCAACCUAGCAGUUCAAAGCACACCAGUGCAAGUAGAUAAAUAGGUACUGCUGUGACAGGAAGGUAUACAGCGUUGCCAUGUGCUCUGGCUUCCGUCAUGGCAGCGGUUUAGUCGUGCUGGCCACAUGACCUGGAAAGCUGUCUAUAAACAAACGCUGGCUCCCUUGGCCUGAAAGCGAGAUUAGCCGUCCAGGGAUCCUUUACCUUUUUUUACCUACCAGGAUAGGCUUUAUAACUUGAUUUCUCAGUGAAUUCACUGUGCUGGGUGUAAGAAGGCCAUCCUCUCAGACAUAUUAUUGUUAUAGAAAAAAGAAUUGCCCAGAGUCCAUAUAACGACUGUGCACACUUUAGGAGACAUCAUCAUCAUCAUAAUCAUUAUUAUUUAUUGGAUUUAUAUACUGCCCUAUACCUGGAGAUCUCAGAGCAGUUCACAGAACAAAAUCAAAAUGAAAAACCACAAAAUAUAUGAUCAAAAUAAAAACAGCCCAUGCAUUAGUUUUACUAUUGUUAUCAUUUUUUUAUAGCAGUGAAACUGAAGAGCAAGCACUUGUUUUAACAGAAAAUACCAAUCAAAGAGAGCCUUUCAAUUUAUAACCAAGUAUGUAAAGAUGAAUUGUUGCAUCAAUUUAAAGUAUGUAUGGAAAUAAGCUCCUAUCCUAAACUACUGCACAUUUUUUUAUAUAUAUAUAACUAUAUUGCUGGCAUUGUGUGUUUAUCAGAAUCUUUUUGUGCUUAGUCCAAAUCAACUUUCUAGUUUUUAUAUAGUAUCUCAGGUCUGAUUAUUGAAUUGAAUGUUGUUAUACAUCACCUGCCAUGUGCCUUCUGCAUUCAGACUAAAAUAUAUUUGUCAUUUGGUGUGUGAAGUGGUUUGUUAAUAAAUUUCAAUGCUUCCCUGUGAUUUGUUCUUUUAUGGAUGCUCGUGUGCAGGUUCUGCUACUUCCUUCUGUGGUGUUCAGAUCUAGAAAUGAAAUGUUUACGAUUAAAAUUAGUGCUGCUGAGAGCUACAGUGAAAACUUUAGCUUACAGUCUCCAC